AGGUGCCAUGCUUUUGCAUUUGCCUGUUUGUCGGUCUCAGAGCGUGUUCCAGGCAGUCAGGGUGGAAUCCAACACCCCACAUUCUCGUCCACGAGUUUCUGACUGGAAGAACAAGGAGGAGGAGAGCAAGCCUGAGAAUGUAGCUCUACAAAGUAAGAAAUCUUCGAAGCGUUUGGAUAGGAGCAGGAAUUUGAAGCCCUCAAAUGACAACAGGAUCGACAAAUCCUCUUACGCCGGGAUUUCUCCUGUUCGCGCAGUGGUGGUGGUAAGAUUGAUGAGGAUUGAGAUGGGAGGAGCUUUCUCAGACGUCCUAAACGGGGAUGGAGAAGAUCGCUUGGACAAAGAAAUGGAGUACGUGAAACGAACUCUGGGAUUUAGCAUACCGAGUUUGAGGCCUGAAAAUUUGAAGCUGGUGACUGAAGAGGUCGCUGGUAUUGUUCGCUGGAAGAAAUAUCUCGACUAUGUGAUAAGCAAUGUCUAUGACAAGGAUCAAAACGAGUUUGAGCGAAUGGAGCCCAUUCUAAAGCAGGUCCUCCGACUAGGAUCUUAUGAGCUUUUGAAACUCGAAGUACCAGCUUAUGCUGUUGUCAAUGAAGCCGUCAAACUUGCCAAUGCUGCUUCUCGGGCUGGAGCUGGAAAAUUGGCCAACGCACUUCUUCGAGCAGUAGCUUCACACAAAGAGAAGAAUACGCUGCCCGUUCCUGAAGUAAUAGGAAACUUGCGGUCGCAAGCGAGAGCAUUAGGAACAAUCCAUUCCCAUCCAGUUUGGAUGGUGCGGCGAUGGACAGAUCGAUAUGGCACUGAGGACACUUUAAAACUGAUGGAGUGGAACAACACAAGGCCCUUUUAUGCUUUAAGGGCGAAUAAUGCCACUGGAACCUCUCGCGAUGAUUUAAUAGAACAGCUUAAAAAGCUCGAGGUUUCAUAUGUUAAGUCGCCACUACUGGAAGACUUUGUUCGAGUGACUUCAGGACUUCAGGAGGUGCUGAGAUCCGGAUUGAUCCAACAGGGACGAUGCACAGUCCAGGACGAGAGUGGUGGCCUGGUGGUGGAACUGCUGGAUCCACAGCCUGGAGACUUAGUGAUCGACUGUUGCGCUGCACCUGGUGGCAAAAGUCUCUAUAUUGCUUCACGACUGAAAGGAAAAGGGAAAGUGAUAGCAGUGGAUAUCAACAAGGCUCGUCUCCAGCUUCUCAAAGAUUCCGCAAAGAAAGCAGGCGUGAGCGAGCAAGUAUCCGUCUACAAUGUGGAUGCCCGAGACAUGAUCCGUGGUAAAACAGGUCUAGCGGAUAGAGUUUUACUGGACGCUCCGUGCAGUGGUCUCGGUGUUCUAUCCAAGAGGGCGGACUUGAGAUGGCGUAGAACUCUGGAAAGCUUUGAGGAAUUGACAAAGCUCCAAGACGAGCUACUGGACGGUGCUUGCAAGAUGGUUCGACCGGGAGGAGUGCUUGUCUACAGCACUUGCUCGAUCGAACCGGACGAGAACAUCGAUCGGAUCACUAGUUUUCUCGCUAGAAAUCAAAACUUCAUCCUGGAGCCACUCGAGAGAGAAGUUCCUCGAGAAAUGGUCUCUCGGGAAGGAUGUUUUUACUCUCUGCCGUACACGCACGGCAUAGAUGGAGCAUUUGCGGCAAAGCUCAGGCACAAAGCUUAAUUUAAAAGAGGAAGAAUAUGCCAAAUGUAAGGGCAAAA